AUGUCCAUAAGAAAUUAUAUAAUCGCUUUAGCGCUUUUCACUGCAGUCAAUGCAUUUCCGGCCGAGAGACCAUCAAUAGUAGAGGAAAAAAAAGAAAGCUCGUACCCUUUGUUCAGUAUAUUCAAACCAAUUAUUGAACUGUUCCCGAGUCUCGUUGAUAUUGGACCAAAAAUUGAAAUUGGCGAUAAAUAUACGAAUAUAAUAAUUAAGGCUGAUCAAUACAAUGUGGAUGAAAUAACAGUUGAAGUUAAGGGAAGAUAUGUUACUAUUGAAGGAUCCAGAAAAACCGUGCACGACGAUCGAGAUCUUGCUAGUGAAUUUUUAUAUACGGCCACUCUACCAAUCAACGCUAAUUCUAGUGAAGUGUAUGCAAAGUUCUAUAGUGAUAAUUACUUAGUUGUAACUACGCCUAACAAAGGUUCGAACACAGAAGUCGUGUAUGAUGAUAAAAUAGUUCCUAUUAUGAAAUCUAACGAUAACUACAUAAACAAAGAUAGAAGUGACGAUAAAAUUCAGGUUACUACUGUAAAUAACGAGGAGGUCACAGAAAUCACAAAAGUGUCUACUACACCAGUCGUUUUGGUGGAUACUAUAAUUACCACCACUGUACCUGUAAUUACGACCAUCGCUGUACCUGAAAUAACUACCACCGCUGUACCUGUAAUUACUACAACCGCUGUACCUGUAAUUACUACCACCGCUGUACCUGUAAUUACUACCACCGCUGUACCUGAAGUAACUACCAUCGCUGCACCUGAAAUAACUACCACCGCUGUUCCAGUAAUUACUACUACCACUGUACCUGUAAUUACUACCACCGCUGUACCUGUAAUUACUACCACCGCUGUACCUGAAGUAACUACCAUCGCUGCACCUGAAAUAACUACCACCGGUGCACCUGAAAUAACUACGGUCGUUGUACCUGAAAUAACUAAAGAACAUCCAGAGUUUACCAGGCUAGAAACAAAAGAAAUUACAGUGGAAUUAACAACGACUGAAAACGUGGAGACUUUCUCCGAUAGUGCUACCCCUUCAAUUUUGUUAGUAGCGAAUGAAGCUAAAGCAGAAAGUGAAGAACAGACGACGCCAAACAUUGAAGCAGUUACUCAGAAUACUACUCCAUAUAUCGAGAACGAAAUUAGUGAUUUAGGGCCGGUUACUUCUAGUAUAUAA